UUUAGUUGUGAAUAGUAAUAAUAUUUCAUCAGAUCUCCAAAUACUUAAAUUUUCUGUACUUAGUUUAGAAAAAUCUGAAGGAUCUAAAAAAUAUAAAAGUUAUAGUUCUUAUUUAAAUCCUAUUGUAGCUCAAAAUUUUGCAAUAGCAAUUGUGCAUAUAAUUGAAAAAGAGCUUAUUAAUGAGAUUAGAUCUGCAAAAAACUGGAGUAUUAUGAUCGAUGAAAGCAAUUCUAUAGAUAAAAAAUAUCUUGUUAUUGUAGCACAAUAUAUAGCACUUAAUGUACUAGUUAUUCAUUAUAUGGGCGUAAUAAAAUUAGAUGACUAUAGAUUAGAAUAUAUCUUUGAAAAAAUUAAAGAAUUUUAUAGCUAG